CCACUGAGCGGAGCCGCACAUGGGCUCGAUCCCAUGACCCGGCUUAUUUCUCUGCAGUUGGGCUGCCUUCUGGAGCAAUUCUUUCCCUUCCUAAGGCCUUGUUGGAUCCCCGCCGUCCCGAGAUCCCAACAGAACAAAGCAGGGAGGAGAACCUGAUCCCGUAUUCCCCAGAUGUGCAGAUACAUGCAGAGCGAUUCAUUAACUACAACCAGACGGUUUCUCGAAUGCGAGGUAUCUACACAGCUCCCUCAGGCCUGGAGUCCACUUGUUUGGUUGUGGCCUAUGGUUUGGACAUUUACCAAACUCGAGUCUACCCAUCCAAGCAGUUUGACGUCCUGAAGGAUGACUAUGACUACGUGCUGAUCAGCAGUGUCCUCUUUGGCCUGGUGUUUGCCACCAUGAUCACCAAGAGACUGGCGCAGGUGAAGCUCCUGAAUCGGGCCUGGCGGUAAGGACGCAGGACCCCACUGCCGGAGAGCAGAGAGCUCGGGGCAACGAGGGUCAGACGGGGAGCUCCAGCUGCGGUGUGACGGGUCAGGUGCUCAGCUGAGUCGGAAGAAGCUGGACUCUCGUGGAGACUCUUCUCGGGACAGGUCUGCCGCAGCGUCGGUUGCGGAGGGAGGCUGGACUCUCCGCCGGGAAUCUCAAAGCAUGUCGAUGGACUUGCCCUCAGAGUCUGAAGGCCAUCGCCCUGUUUGCUUCCUUUGCCCAUCCAUGAAUGUUGUUGUUGCUUUACUAAGUCCCCCGGCAGAUUUUUCUCUUUUGUGAGGCCUGCUUCAGUUGAUUUUGGUUCGCCUUUUGUGUUUCCCAGCUUAUCUAGAAAUCUUUCUGACUGUUUCCCUGCCUCAUGCUUCAAAGUCAGGAGGGAACUCUUAUUGAUAACUCCACCUCAUAGGUGCUUUUGCUCUUUCACGUCUGGGAGAAAGAAGGUAACAUGCUUAGUUGAGGCUUAAAGACGGAUCCAGCCUCUCAUGGCAUGAAAAUUUACUUUAAGCCUCUAGUUUGGAGGUUCUCAUUCAUCAGGUGGGGCCACCCAGUUCUUGCUGCAGUUUAUCACAAGUCAGGCGCAUCAUAGUUUUCUGGUUUGUCAGUCAUUGCCCACGCUUUGCACCUAAGGUGUGUCCGAGCCGAGGCCGCCUUAAUACUACUGAAUUGCCUGAACCUGCAAGAGAUUUUAAGGGAGGAGAGACUCUACCCGUUUCACGGUACCUCCUAACCUCUCAGUUCACCCUCAGGCUGGUCUAGUCCUCUUCUGGCCUAGUUAGAGCCAGCCGUCUUGUUUAAGAACUCAUUAUUUAUUUUUUACUUUUAGAUGUAAAUUUAUGAGUGCAUCACCACAUUUCUACUAAAGUGAGAUUUUAAAUGUUAACGCUGUAACCUUCGCAACUUUAAAAGAGGGGAGGGCUGGAUGGGGGUAGGAAACUGACGUGUUGUGGAUGAAGCAUUGCCGAGUGGCUGGGCCGUUGUCUCUGUGACAAAUGGAAAAAGUCCUAAAAGUUUCCUUUGUGCCCAGAUCUGGGGAAUGAUGGCGUUUUUCUUUCCUGUGAAGGAUGAAAUGUGCAGAGGAGACCAUCUCUAGCAUUGUGGGGAGAGCAUUUCGAUCAGGUGUCUGAAUAAAGCAGAUGAUGAAUGGCA